UGUGUGUAUGUGUGUGGGAGGAGCCACAGGCGAGGUGGUCGGAAGAUGCUGGUAUAUAAAGGAACCGGGGCUUACACUGGCCAGUAUACUCAACGUGAAGCAUUCGCCAUGAACACUUUGUCGCUGAUGGUGGUGUUGGUGGUGGCCCUGGCCACCCUGAUGGGGUCAGCCCGAGCUAUGCCUGACCCCUACGCCCUGGCUUACCCUGACCCUGAUGCUGACCCGCACCAUCACCAUCACUUUGGUGGCGGAUAUGGUGGCUAUGGGGGUUAUGGGGGCUAUGGUGGCUAUGGUGGCUAUGGUGGAUAUGGGGGCUAUGGCGGAUAUGGCGGAUAUGGCGGCCUUGGUGGAUUCUGGGGUUAAUCUUGAAAUGUGCUCUCGGCAAUCGUCACUUCCUCCCAAGCAACAGAAGGACUAAGAGGCCCUACAGUACCCAAACUCCUCAGCCUCCAGUGUGUGUGUGGAAGAUUCAUCUCCCUGACGUGACCUCACCAACUGGUGGAUGCAUAGUCACCCUUUCAACCUUCUGCUUGUUAUAACUUUACCAUGAUGACUAAACAAAUACAAUAAACAGAUCAAAGAC